CCCCCGUGGCCUUAUAAGAGGCAGACUCCCCGGACCGGCCGCAGCCGACUUUAGCGCUCCCACUUUCGGUCUACUGUUCUUGGCCAGUCGCGCCGCCAUGGAUCUCACUGCCAUUUACGAGAGCCUGCUGUCGCUGAGUCCCGACUUGUCAUCCGACCACGGAGGAACUGAGUCUUCGGGAAUCUGGAGCCUGAACUCACCUGACUCUGGCUCUUCUGGGGUCACCUCCCGCCUGCCUGGCCGCUCCACCAGCCUGGUGGAGGGCCGAAGCUGUGGCUGGGUACCCCCACCCCCUGGUUUUGCGCCCCUGGUUCCCCGCCCUGGCCCUGAGCUGUCGCCCUCACCCACCUCACCAACUACGACCUCCACCACCUCUUCUCGAUACAAGACUGAGCUCUGUCGAACCUUCUCGGAGAGUGGGCGCUGCCGCUACGGGGCGAAGUGCCAGUUUGCCCAUGGCUUGGGUGAGCUGCGCCAAGCCAAUCGCCACCCCAAGUACAAGACUGAACUCUGCCACAAGUUCUACCUCCAGGGCCGCUGCCCCUAUGGCUCACGCUGUCACUUCAUCCACAACCCCAGUGAGGACCUGGCUGUCCCUGGUCACUCUCCACACGUGCUACGCCAGAGCAUCAGCUUCUCAGGCCUGCCCUCAGGCCGCCGCACCUCGCCACCACCACCGGGUCUGACGGGCCCUUCCCUGUCCUCUUGUUCCUUUUCGCCCUCCAGCUCCCCACCCCCACCUGACUUUCUACUUUCACCCUCUGCCUUCUCAGCUGCCCCUGGAACCCCUGUGGCCCGGAAAGAACCCACCCCAAACUGCUGCCCUUCUUGCCGAAGGGCCACCCCUGGGAACAUCUGGGGUCUGGCUCGGAGCCCUUCUGCACAUUCCCUUGGAUCUGAUCCUGAUGAAUAUGCCAGCAGUGGCAGCAGCCUGGGGGGCUCUGACUCACCUGUCUUUGAAGCUGGGGUGUUUACACCCCAGCCCCCUUCAGCCCCACGGCGGCUCCCCAUCUUCAACCGCAUCUCUGUUUCAGAGUGACAGGUGACCCCAGUGCAGAUCAGCUGGAUCUCCAGAGGGAGGCACUUGUGGAGAACUGGGAGACUCCCAGUGUAAUUAGGUAGCCCUACCUCCCCACAUUCCAAAAUGCAUUAACCCACUUGCCUGAUGUCACACCGGGGCAGGCCCCCAGUGUGCAUGUCCAGUCAGUGUUCACGUUGGUGUUGGGGUGGAGUGUUUGCCAAUAUUUUAAGAUGUAGCAUGUUUGAGGGGCCAGUGAGCUCUCUCCCCUGUCCAAUUCUGUCUCCUGGAAUCUUAUGUGCUGUGAAUAGUAGACCCCAUCCCACUUUUUCCUAGACCUGCAUUUCCAGUGUCUGGUGAUUGGAGCCUCCCCUGAGGGAGAAUCCUGGUGCUCAAAUUUCCCUCCACAAGCAAGUAGCCAAAGCCAUUGCCAAGUCCCAACCCGCAAACAGUGGGCCCUUUAUUUAUGACGACUUUAUUUAUUCUAAUAAGAUUUUAUAGUAUUUAUAUUAGGUCGUCUGCUUCCCUUGUAAUUUUUCUUCUUCUUUUUUGUAAUAUUAGAAACAAUGGUAUAAUUAUUGUAAGUUACUAUAAUAUAUUAAUAUAUAUUGUUACCUCGAAAAUUAUUUUUGUUUUUAAAAUUUUUAAAUAAACAAUACGCAUGUAAAAA